AUGGCUUCAAGAACUUCUACCCUGAAAUUCUUUUUUCUUCUGUUAUCUUCAUUUGCCAUUUGCCAGAUGGCCUUGGCAGGGGAUCCAGAUAUUACCUCUGAUUUUUUAGUCCCUGAACACCACAAGGAAGUUGAUGGAAACUUCUUCACAUUCACAGGGAUGCGAGUCCUCAUUAACGAAGACUUCCCUACAAAUUUUACAGUCCUGAAAGCUAGCGUGGUGGAGUUCCCUGCCCUAGAUGGUCAGAGUGUAUCUUAUGCUGUUCUUCAGUACCCAACAGGCUCUGUCAACCCUCCUCACACCCAUCCUCGUUCAGCUGAGCUCCUUUUCCUUGUAGAUGGCUGCCUGGAAGUUGGUUUUGUCGACACAACCAACAAGCUUUUCACUCAGAGUCUACAAGCCGGUGAUAUGUUUAUCUUCCCAAAGGGACUUGUGCACUAUCAGUGCAAUGCUGAUCCAAAAAAUCCAGCUUUAGCGAUUUCUGCCUUUGGGAGUGCAAAUGCAGGGACUGUAUCUCUUCCCAAAACCCUUUUCAGUACCAACAUUGAUGACACUAUCUUAGCUAAAUCCUUCAAAACUGAUGUUGCUACCAUUCAAGCUCUCAAGGCUGGUCUUACAUCUAAGUAAGCAUUAAUUAAGAAAUAAGCAUUAAGCUCUCAAGGCUGACAGAUCUCUUUGUUUGUGUACGGGGAUUUUGGAGUGUUAUCCCUGACUUAGGGGAUAACAGUUUGAAAUCUUCUGCUCUCUCUAGGGGAGAAUUUUGUUCUCUCUUUUCCUCAAUAUAUUGAACUUUCAAAAAAAAAGUAAGCAUUAGUUAAGA